AUGGAUGAUAGCAUAUUGCAAGUGGGGAAUAAUACUAAAUGCGAUGUUGUCGGUGUUGAUAAUGUUAGAAUCGAAAUGCAGGUUGGUAUCGUGAAGAUAUUGACUGGAGUAAGGCAUAUUCUAGAGUUGAAGAACAACUUGAUUUCCUUGAGUGCCUUGGAUUUAGUUGGUUCUGGCAUGUUCAUAAGUGCUUCUAAAGACAAAACCGGAACCUUGGAUAUUAUUGAAGAGAAAUUUGCAAGGGUAACGAUGAUUCCAAGGGAACAUGGAGAGGCAUUCGAUGUGUUACCCUACGAGAUUGGACAGAAAUAUAGUUCUCACUGCGAUGCAUUCGAUCCCGCUCAAUAUGGUCCACAAAAGAGCCAGAGGGUUGCCACUUUUUUGCUGUACUUAUCUGACGUUGAAGAGGGGGGAGAAACCAUGUUCCCUUUUGAGAAUGGUAUGAACAUGGAUGGGACCUAUGAUUUUAAAAAGUGUGUUGGACUGAAGGUGAAACCACGGCAGGGUGACGGACUUCUCUUCUAUUCCUUAUUACCAAAUGGUACAAUUGAUCCCACCUCAAUUCACGGGAGCUGUCCUGUGAUCAAAGGGGAGAAAUGGGUGGCACCAAAGUGGAUUAGAGACCAAGUGCAAGAUGAUUAA